ACACCAACAAGAAUAAGAAAUUUUUGAGGUUGAUUGAUUGCCUUUGUCCCCCCCUCAAACUCUCUUAUUCUCUUGCCUCUUCUUCCAACAAACUUGCAGCAAGGAAGAACAAGUUGUCUUAAAAACAAUAACUCUCCCACAAGGUAGGAAGAGAAAGAAACAGUCACAAAACUAUAACCAUUAACAACAGAAUAGGACACACCCUGAAAUGGCACCAUGGCUUCUCUUAUACACCAUAGUUUUCUUCUUCUCAUGGUGCUCAUCACCCUCACUCUGUGACCCAAGAAUCUCAGAAGCAGGACUCUACUGCGGCACAACGAGAGCACCAUUGAAAGCUAACUUCAUCCCAAGCUUUAUCAAAGAAAUGGAGAAUCUCUCUCAGCUGGUAACUGACCACAACUGGGGCACUCACUCCGUCAACAUCUCCGGCAGCAUCCCCAUCUACGGCUUCGCGCAGUGCUUCCACGACCUCUCCCACACUGACUGCCUCCUCUGCUACGCCGCCAGCCGGACCAGGCUCCCCCGCUGCCUCCCUUCCCUCUCUGCUCGUAUCUACCUCGACGGCUGCUUCCUCCGCUACGACAACUACAGUUUCUACUCCGAGCGGACUGACCCUGCCAGGGAUGCGGUGAACUGCAGCUCGAGGCGCGGCGCGGCAGGUGGCGGAGUGGAGAGGUUGAGGCUGGAGAGGAGUGUAGGGAAGGUUCUUGAUGGAGUGGCUGUGAAGGCUGUGGCCAAGGGUGGUGGUUUUGCGGUGGGAGGAGGUGAGGGUGUUUAUGCAUUGGCGCAGUGCUGGAAAACGGUUAGCAAUGAGGGGUGUAGAGAUUGCUUGAGGAAAGCUGUGAAGGAGGUUAGAGGGUGCUUGCCUAAUAGGGAAGGGAGGGCAUUGAAUGCUGGGUGUUAUUUGAGAUACUCAACUGAGAAGUUCUAUAAUGAAAAAGGUGGAGAGUCUGAUAGUCAACAUGGGUCUUUAAAAAGAGGAGCAAUAAUCGCAGCAGUUUUAGCUGCAGCUGCAGUUAUAUUGCUGACUUUCUCUGUCUCUUAUGCAGCCUUCACAAAAUUGUCAAAGAUAAAAAAAGGAAACAAAAAUCUUGAUCAGAUUUCCCCUUCCAUGAGAAAAUCUAGUUUUAACUACAAAUACGAAACUCUUGAGAAGGCCACAGAUUACUUCAACUCUUCAAGAAAAAUAGGCCAAGGUGGAGCUGGUUCAGUUUUCAAAGGUGUUCUCCCGAAUGGGAAAGUUGUUGCUGUUAAGAGAUUGAUCUUCAAUAACAGGCAAUGGGUGGAUGAGUUCUUCAAUGAAGUGAAUUUGAUUAGUGGAAUUGAACACAAGAAUCUUGUCAAACUAUUGGGUUGUAGCAUUGAAGGCCCUGAGAGCCUUCUCGUGUAUGAGUACUUACCCAAAAAGAGUUUAGAUCAAUUUCUCUUUGAAAGGAAAAAAAAUGAGAUUCUAAACUGGAAGCAGCGGUUUAAUAUCAUUCUUGGUACAGCAGAAGGGCUUUCAUAUCUUCAUGAAGGUUAUAAAAUAAGAAUCAUUCAUAGAGACAUCAAAAGCAGCAACGUUCUUCUGGAUGAGAAUCUCAUUCCUAAGAUCGCAGAUUUCGGCCUUGCGCGGUGUUUUGGUGCUGAUAAGUCACAUUUAAGUACUGGAAUUGCAGGAACACUAGGUUACAUGGCUCCUGAGUACCUAACUAGAGGACAACUAACCGAUAAAGCUGAUGUCUAUAGUUUUGGAGUACUUCUUCUGGAGAUUGUAGGUGGAAGGAUGAAUAAUAUCUUCAGAGAGGAUUCUGGCUCUCUUCUACAAACUGUUUGGAAACUUUACCAAUCAAACACAUUGAUUGAGGCUGUUGAUUCUUGCUUGGGAGAUGAUUUUCCUGCAACUGAAGCAUCAAGGGUGAUUCAAAUUGGGUUGCUUUGUACACAAGCUUCUGCUUCCAUGAGGCCAACCAUGACCCAAGUUGUCCACAUGUUGAGUAAUUCAAAUAUUGAUGUCCCUGUACCAAAUCAACCUCCAUUUCUGAACACUGGAAAUCUAGACUCAGACAGCUCCAUAAAAUCUUACAGCACAAACAGCUUUGUGUCCAAUGCCUUAAAGAAGAUUGGAGUGUCCCACAGUUACUCUGAGUCAGAAUCCUCUGGUUCACACAACUCUUAUGAGCCAUCAAGAAGUGAAGAAGCGAUAAUUCAAGCUUGAUUUAUAUUAUAUUUCUUGGUUUUGGGGAGUUCAUGUCCAUAUGUUGUGUAUUAGCCAGAAAGGUUGAAAGAUUAGAGUUAGAACUAAUGAAGUCUUUUUUUAUUAUCCAUACAAACAAAUGUAAGAUAGUAGAAAGGAAAGAAGGUCGCUUGUUAAGGUUGAACACAAGUUCACUAAACUGUAUAAAGAUGAGAGAGCAGUAACAUAUAUACUUGUUUUCAAUGUUACCAUAAUAUUUUGGAAAAGCUUUUUGAUGACC